UAUAUUUCACCAACUCACCCAUCGUUCGCUCCAAACAAUCGAUCGAAUACAUUCUCUCUCUGUAUAACAAUCUCCCUUAUCGUAAUGAUCAAAAUUUACCAUAUGAAGAUAUCAUGAUCAUUUAAAUAGACCGUAUUGAACGUUAAUUAUAAUUUAUCGACCGCGUAUUAUACGUUUUCGUAGUUAUACGAAUGGAACAAGUACCGUUCCUAUUACAACGGAACAUAGGUCUAACGAGAAACCGGUUGUGCCAUACUUCACUGUGUAAGAAGCGACCUCUCAGUUUAAAAUUUCACGGUAACUGAAAGCAUGUAGUGUUCUUCGGACUGUGGCUUCGUGAACGUCAAACAUUCCUGCUCUCCUUUCUCGCUUCAUUUUAUUACAGAACUGAAACAUAUAACAUAACUGAAAAAUGGCAUGUGCUUGCUUGCUCACGAUCGCUCUCGUUCUCUACAUGCUCUUCGAUGUAAAUUAUUUCCUGAGGAUCGUGUUUACCAUCCUUACCGGCAGAUUGUUUCAGAAGAAAAAGAAGAUUUUUGACACGACUACCAUUUACGGUAUAUGCAUUACGCAAGAUGUGGAUUUGUUCUUUAAACACAUGAACAACGCGAGAUAUCUUCGCGAAUUGGAUUUCGCGCGUUUCCAUUAUUACGAUCGAUCUGGAAUAUAUUCGGCGAUCACGAAGAAAGGUGGAAGCGCGGUGCAAGGAGCAUCGUUGAUUCGAUAUCGUCGAGCCAUUCCUAUUUUCACUGUGUAUAAAGUGACCACGAAGCUGAUUUAUUGGGAUGAUAAGAAUUUCUACUUGGAGCACGAAUUUAUUAGUUUGACGGACGGUUUCGUUCGCGCGGUCAUUUUUAGCAAACAAACGACAACAGGUCUGAAAGUUCCAGUCCCGGAAAUAAUAGCUCAAGUCGAGCCAAACGCGCAAUGUCCCGAAAUGACCAAAGAUUUAGAACUAUGGUUGAAUUCUAUGGAAGAAUCUUCUCAGAGAUACAAGAAACAAAGAUGAACGAAAGAUGAUCCUCGUUUUUCUAACUUUUUACUUUAUUUGUUAUUUUAUUGUUAUUUUAUUAUUUAUAAUAUUGUUGAUUCGUACAUACGUCGAGCAAAAGUUUGGAAUCAUUAGAGUUGGAAUAGUCUUUUUUCUUUUUUUUUUUUUUUUUUUUUUU